AUGCACCCUGAUUACAAACUCCCUACUGUUGAACAUAUUGAUCGAGUUAUUUCGGCAGAAAUUCCAAACAAAGAUGAUGAUCCAGAAUUGUACUCACUUGUCAGUGAGUUCAUGAUGCAUGGUCCAUGUGGUUCUGAUAAUCCAAAAUGCCCAUGCAUGAGUGAAAACAAGUGUUCGAAAAACUUCCCGAAGCCAUUCUUGGAGAAUACUUCCGUUGAUUCAAAUGGUUAUCCUAUGUAUAGGAGACGUAAUGAUGGAUCUUUUAUAGAAAAGUCAGGUGUUAAGUUAGACAACAGAAGUGUUGUUCCAUAUCACAAAACCCUUUUGAAACGAUAUCAAGCUCAUAUUAAUGUUGAGUGGUGCAAUCAAGCGGCUUCCAUCAAAUAUUUGUUUAAAUAUAUUAACAAGGGUCCUGAUCGGGCUACUGUUGAAGUUGCACAAAACAACAACGGAGGUGAUAAUGAUGAUGCUCCGGUUGAUGAAAUAAAGAACUACUAUGAUUGUAGGUAUUUGUCUGCGUGUGAAGCUUCGUGGCGUAUAUAUGGAUUUGAUGUUCAUUACAGAUAUCCUUCAGUUGUAAGGCUUCCGUUCCAUCUUCCUGGAAAACAAAAUGUUGUAUACGGAGCAGAUGAUGAUAUUGAAGAUGUCCUCAACAAACAAUCUGUUUCUUCUUCGAUGUUCUUAUCUUGGAUGAGCUGUAAUGAACAUAAUGAGGAUGCACGAAAACUUUCUUAUGUUGAGUUUCCUACAAAAUUUGUAUGGAAACAAGAAGAUCGUUGUUGGGAGCCAAGAAAGAAAGGGUUUUCUAUUGGGAGGAUUCACACAGUUUCACCUAAUCUCGAUAUUCGUACAGUUAACGGACAAGUAUGUCCUACUUUUAGGGAUGCAUGUUAUGCUCUUGGACUUUUAGAAGAUGAUAGAGAAUAUAUUGAUGCCAUCGAGGAAGCAAGUCAUUCAGGAUCUGGUUAUUAUUUACGGUUUCUAUUUGCAACUAUGUUAAAGUCUAAUAGUUUGUCUAAACCGUGUUAUGUUUGGGAAAAUACUUGUCAAUACUUAUCCGAUGGAAUUCUCUACAAUCAACGAAUAAGAUUAAAGUCUCCAGGUUUAUCCCUUAAUGACGAUCAACUUAAAAACUUGACGCUAUAUGAGAUUGAAAAAAUUCUACUCCAAAACAAUUCAAGCCUUAAAGAUUUUGUUGGGAUGCCUUACCCUGAUCAUGAUUCGAUAUCUUCUUCAAACAACCGUUUGAUUACUGAGGAGUUAGAUUUUGAUAUGAACAGUCUACAACAAGAAUCUCAUCAACUACUUGAUUCAUUAACAAUUGAACAACGAUCAGUUUUUGAUGAAAUCAUGACAGCUGUUAAACAGAAAAAAGGAGAUAUGGGUAACGACAUGUAA